CUUCACGCCUCUCUCUCUCUCUCUCUCUCUCUCUCCUGGCUGUGUUUUUCACAACUCAGACAGAAAUUACACACUCCUUCAAAGUUACUGUUACGUCUGCAUAAAGUGAAACCAAAUAUCGAAGAAAGCAAUCAAAAGUAUCAAACCAGCUCCAGUCCCCACAAAUGAGUUUACUCUCACUCCAACUUCCACCCAUCAAAAUCCCCAUCUCUUUCUAGACGUAAGCCACUUCUCUCUCUCUCUCUCAGACGAAGACACAAACACUGACCACCAUGUACUCCGAGAAGCCCCGUCCCAUCGAUUUCUACAAGGAGGAAAGCACCCGCGACAUGAUGAUCGAGGUCGUCUCCAAUGGAGACCUCCCACCUCACCACCACCCUCACCCCCACCACCAGCAGAUGAUCCUUGGUGAUAGCAGCGGCGGCGACGAGGACCACGAGGUCGAGGUCAAGGCCCCCAAGAAGCGUGCCGAGACCUGGGUCCAGGACGAGACCCGUAGCCUAAUCGCUCUUCGCCGAGAGAUGGACGGGUUGUUUAACACCUCUAAGUCUAACAAGCAUUUAUGGGAGCAGAUUUCAUCGAAGAUGAGGGAAAAGGGUUUUGAUCGUUCCCCAACAAUGUGCACCGAUAAGUGGAGGAACUUGCUUAAGGAAUUCAAGAAGGCUAAGCAUCAAGAUAGGGGGAGUGGGUCGGCCAAGAUGUCGUAUUACAAGGAAAUUGAGGAGAUUUUGAGAGAGAGAAGUAAGAAUGCGCAGUACAAGAGCCCCACGCCGCCUAAAGUUGAUACCUAUAUGCAAUUCUCGGAUAAAGGGAUUGAGGAUGCCGGCAUUUCUUUUGGACCUGUGGAAGUUCUUUCGUGUGCAGCCACUGGCAGGCCAACACUCAAUCUGGAGAGACGUUUAGAUCAUGAUGGACAUCCUCUUGCCAUUACCACCGCUGAUGCAGUUGCAGCAGCAGCAACUGCUCCAUGGAAUUGGAGAGAGACCCCUGGAAAUGGUGGGGAGAGUCAGUCAUAUUGUGGAAGGGUCAUAUCAGUCAAGUGGGGGGAUUACACUAGAAGAAUUGGUAUUGAUGGCACUGCAGAAGCCAUCAAGGAGGCAAUUAAAUGUGCUUUUGGGUUAAGAACUAAACGCUCCUUUUGGUUGGAGGAUGAGGACCAGAUAGUCCGAAGCCUUGACCGGGAUAUGCCUUUGGGGAAUUAUAUGCUUCAUCUUGAUGAAGCCAUAUGCCUGGCAUAAUGAAGUACUUAUAAGAGAAAGGUUGAACUCCUAAUUGCAGGAUUGGCAAUAAAAGUGUGCCUUUAUGACGACACUGAAGAGAAGAUUUUUUACACUGAAGAUGAUUACCGUAGUUUUCUGUCCAACCGGGGCUGGUCAUGUCUGAGGGAGUUUGAUGGGUAUAGAAACAUCGAUAAUAUGGACGAUCUUCGGCCUGGUGCAAUAUACCGUGGCAUGAGUUGAAGACAGGUACGUCAUCAUCAUCGUCAUGGGGAUUUCGUUACUCUGUUUCAAUCUUGAUGUAGGUUCGUCACUGGUUCGAAACAGUCUUGCUCAGUUGUGUAUAAAUGUUAUUCCCCCCACUUUUAUUUGCUUCAAUGCAGUGGAGGGAAUUUGUUGUGCUGUUUCUUGAUACAAGCGCUGUACUAAUCAAGAACAAUGUUGCUCAAUAUGCAUAUGUUCAUAGGACAUGGAAAAGCCCAUUACAAAUCUGUAAAUAUUUUACUAUUCAACACUUAAGUCUGAGUAUUCUAAGAGCUAAGGCAGUUCUAGGGUU